GGUUAGUCUAUUCCCUGCGCCUGACUCGUCUGCCAUUCUAGGUCUGGACGCGAACGCGAGCGGAAGUGUUUUCGAUUCGGUGUACAACUUAUCGCGCGGUAUUUGUACCUAAUACCUAUAGGGAUAUGGAUUAGGUAGUUUCCCUUUCUCUCCGAAAUCCGAUACCAGGAUUACGUAAAGAAUAAACGGACGAAUGGUGUUUUCGUUACUUAAGGGGAACCAAAGUCAUUGAAUUCGUGAAUUGGAAAAAGCAAGUUCCAUAGUGAAGUUUGAAAUUCGGUUCAAUAUGGAUGAAAUGAACUUCAACUGAAUGAUUUAGUGAAUGUAUUUCACGCAGUGAUAAACCGACUAUAAUCUAAUUUGAUGCUGUGGAAAGCUUAGUAGCCUCCAGUAAUAUUUGUUCGCAGUACUAUUUGCUAUGAUUGCUAACUAAUUGCUUACAGUGCAACAGUGUUGAUGUGGCAGCAUGCAUUUGCGAGACCCUGCCUGUAGUGGAUUUAGUAGCGGCCCUCGUUAGUAAAUGCUGUGAACGACUGCGCCUCAGUGCAACUAACGUAAAUCGUUUGCAAUAUACAUGCUACCGGCUGAUAAGUGCAAAAGUCUGUCACGUUUCUCGUACACGCGUUUUAAAGUGACGUAAAAGUGCUCCGAUCAGACGCAAAUGGUGUGACCACUCAUUCGAGAUCGAUAAUUGAUGCAAUUCUAAUAAUUCUACCGCAAGAAACCGGAGCGGCACAGCAUCAAACAGGAUACAGAAUAAAGCAGAUUGGUUUAUGUGAUACAAAGUACCGACUGAUCGUUGAUUAGGUGCACGUGAUUACCAGCGAUCACCCGGUCAGACGUAAUUUGAAUGAAAGGUGAGCAGUGAGACGCAGUUGGAUACAAGCAGACGAAUGAUUAUUUGCGUGUUUUUUGCUGCAACAACAUCAAAAUAUAAGUGCAUAACACUUGAAUGGAUUCAGCAGCACACCUGGCAGCAUAUUCACAGGUAGCCGGUCUCGUUUCUAACCACCUUUGCUAGUCCCGCUGUUUCCUAUAUUGAACAAAUCCUGACAACCAAAACGCCCACCUAACAGAUGCACCUUGCGGGGCACGUUCUUACUGAAACGACGGACAACAAUAGUUACAGACACAAUAAACAAUAAGCGUGAGAGAGCGGGCCUGCGCUGCCACGUGACGAGAAGGAUCAUGGAAUGGUUACUUGCUAACCCGCAGAUCAACAGCACAUUCGGCUCGCUCGGUUCGUUUGUCGAUGACAUCUACCUGGUUAACGAUGACUGCCAGGCGACCUUGGAGGAAAUUAUAUGUAAGCUGACCCUUGAGGAUAGCACGCUCCGGACAUUCCGAAGGGCGAUUGGUUUUGGCCAAAAUGUAAAGAAUGACAUCAUACCGCUGCUGGUUCAUGCAAAUGAUCCGAAAAUUAUCGACACAACCAUUCGGUUGCUGGUGAAUCUAACAGUUCCGGUUGAAUGCCUGCUAGCAGUGGAUUCGGUUUCGGCUACGGAAAUCGGCAGACAUACUGUUUUCGAGCUGAAUAAGCUGCUUAUUACAAGCAAGGAGGUGUUUGUCGAUUUGAAAACAACCAAAGCGGUGAUUGACCAUAUGAAAUGCCUGCUGGAUACUGACGGGAAAUUAUCGGUCGACAGCUGUGAUAGCAUAAACAAUUGUUUACUAUUGUUGAGAAAUAUUCUUCAUGUUCCGGAAGGCAGUGCAAUGUGCGGUCCAGUUCCCUAUCCGUAUUCUGGUACUGCACACAGUACUUCGCUUCAGAAUCAGAUCAUAUGGAAUUUAUUUACCCAAAGUCUGGAUAAGUUAUUGAUAUUUUUGAUGUCCUGUCCUCAGCGUUCUUAUUGGGCCGUAACAAUGGCUCAGCUAGUGGCACUUCUAUACAAGGACCAGCAUAUAAGCACCUUACAGAAGCUGUUGAAUAUGUGGUUUGAAUCAACUAUGUCUGAAAGCUCGGAGGAUAAUGAAAGCAACACAUCACCUCCGAAGCAGUGCAGCGGAGAGUCUAGUCCCAUGUUAACCUCCGAUUCGUCUGACAAUGGCAGCGCAAAUAUUCCAAAUGUAGGAAGAUCGUCCGAGGAUGCAAAACAGUCGACCAGGAUGGGAACUGAACUGCCAGCGCAAACGAUCCUAGCCAGGGCAAUUAAAUCACAUCAGAAAUACCAUUUCACAACGAAAUUUAACGAAGAAACCAACAACAAUGCCAAUGACCAAGAUGCCAAAUCAACCCCGGUGACUGAAUCCUGCGAAGUCGAAAAAUAUUUUUUAUGUGCUAAUCUAUCGAAUCAACUACACACUAUUCAAUCAUCAUUGCAGAUGCACCACAUUCCGAGUCCGGCUCCGUGUGUUGCUUCUUCGAAAAGGUUUGCGACGGCGUUGGAAUCUGCUGCUCCUUCGAAAUUACCUUCCCCCCGUCAUGUAGUGACCUCAUCGUCAGCGGCCAGCUCCGCCAAAGGUAAGGAUUUCUCAGAUCCGAACGCACCGUUCUCGGUACCGAAAACAGUUCAUCAAGCGUUGAAGAAUCAAACCAAGAUGUCGCUCUCUGAGACUUCAGAUUGUGGUUACGGAACGCAAGCGGAAAAAGAGUCCAUCUCAACGUCCAGCAACGAAGAUGACGGGCCCAAUCGGAAACCGGUCCACCAGAAGCCUCCCCCAAAUCAGAAGCAGCGCUACAACGCAGCCAACAAACAGCGGAACCAGGUUUCGAUUCAGGAGAAAAAGGAACUGCGUAGGAAAAAGCUGGUUAAACGCAGUAAAAGCAACAUUAUUAACAUGAAGGGACUAAUGCACCGCGCUCCUACAGAUGACGACAUAUCUAAUUUGCUGAAGGAGUUUACAGUGGACUUUCUGGUCAAGGGAUAUAGCUAUUUGGUUCAGGAUCUUCAUGUACAGCUUCUAUCGGACUUGCAAGUACAAAUCGAUACGUCGCAUUUCUUCUGGUUGGUGACGUAUUUUCUCAAGUUUGCCACCCAACUGGAGCUCGACAUGGAGCAUAUCAAUUGUGUGCUCUCAUUCGACAUUGUCAGUUACCUGACGUACGAGGGAGUGAUGUUAUGCGAACAACUGGAGCAGCUGAGCCGCGAGGGUCAAGCGGAUGUUAAACCGUGCUUGAGACGGAUUCAUCUGGUUGUUACAGCUAUCCGAGAGUUUCUGCAGGCUCUUGACUCAUACAAAAAGAGUACACAUUUAACAAAGGAUGAUAAAGAAAAGUUGAGAACACUCCAACUACAGAUAAGUAGUACUGAAAACCUGAAAGGACUAUUUGUACUAUUGCUUCGGUGCUACAAUCCAACUCUACAGAGCCGACAAUACCUACAAGAUUUGAUAGUAACGAAUCAUUUCCUUAUAUUGCUUGCAGAUGGAAUCAAUACCGUUUCGGAAGCAAGAAACGAGAAUUUGUUAGCACACAUUAAAAAAUUUGCCACAACAGAAAUCAUGCACCAGUAUGGUUUAUUGCUGGAGAACUUCCGUGGCAAUGGUGCGUUUGUCAACGAUUGCAUCUUCACCAUGAUGCACCACGUCGGUGGUGAUCUCGAACAGAUCGAUGUCCUUUUUCAACCUGGCAUUCUAAAAACCUACUCACAAAUAUGGGAAACAGAAUACGAGAUAUGUGACGACUGGUCCGAUUUGAUAGAAUACGUGAUCCACAAGUUCAUCAGCACCCCACAACAACCCAGCUCAGUGACACUUACCAACACACUGCCGGAGCUUACGAGCCAGGUUCUAGCCGGUAACAACCGGAUGGACUCUUGGACCCAGGAAGAGAAAGACUCCCUCCAUUGGUACUAUGUUCAGUGCAAGCAAAACAAGUCGUUGGUCACGGACAUCCUGAAGCUGUUCCAGGAGAGUGGCAAUCACCAGAAGACCCGCCAGGCAGUCGUCGAACAGCUCUACGAGCAGGAAAUUAUAACCGCAGAGCGUUACGAUGAGCUAAUGAAGGUCGAAAAUCCAAACCAUGAGCGGGGCUCUCCAAUGUCACAUCCUGGUAAAAAAGAGGAUGAAGAUAAGAGUUCACCCACGGCUGUUAAUGACAUACAGGUGUGCAUCGUGAUGUUAUUGCUCAUUUUAUUGCAUAGUACAAUGAUUUCAACAAACUUUCAGGUUUUACGAGACAGACUGAUGAAAGAAAAUAAAGGGAAAAUGAUUAUAUGGCUGCAGCAAAGUUUGUUAGAAUGCUGUUAUGCUAAGCUGAAUAUGUUCAACCCCAACAUAGGACUCGAUAGUUGUUGCGUGAGAAUAAUUGAACCUAUACCAUAUCUUUGCAUUCUAAAAAAGAAAUCAAUACCCGUAGUACCAUGGGAUCAAGAGCAGGCUUCAGUACUGUCAUAUCAACCCUUCGUAUUGCUGCUGCAUAAGCUCGGUUUCCAUCUACCAGCCGACGCAAAGAAAAUGUUUGUUCGAAUACCGGAAUUCUGGACCGCCGACAUUCUCUACAAUAUUGCCUUAAAGCUGGGCCCAUUGGAAACCUCUUUGGUUCACUUCGAUCCGAAUCUUCUCGGCAUGAUAGAUAAGCAGCACCAAACCAAAGAGAAUUCUCGUCCAAUUAUGGAAGAUCUGCGUGACAAUUCGGUCGAAGUUGAAAGGUCAAACAUAUGAAUUGCUACUAACUAGUAAAUUGAUUGUCAAACAGUUGUCUGUUGUGGUAUGCUUUAGCUAGCAUUUCUCAUUUGGGAAGAUUAAGUAUUUUAAUGGCAUGAUGAGCGUCAAACGCUGUUGUGGUAGUAUAUAGUUGUUAACAUUUGAUGUUUACCAAGUAGUUGCCAGUCGUAGAACUUUAAAUCAAAUAUUUAUGUUGUUUUAUUUUGAGAAAUAUACGUAACCAAAAUGAA